UAGCUUUGCAAGCUGUCGAAUUUUGGUCUACAGUAUGUGAUGAAGAGCUUGAAUUAAUGGGAGAAGCUGCGGAGGAAACAGGUGAACAGCCUGAUCGUAUAAGCCAUAAUUUUGCCAAAGCGGCCUUGCCUGAAAUAUUGCCCGUUUUGCUCUGGCUUCUCACCAAACAAGAGGAAGAAGCUGACGAAGAUGACUGGAACGUCUCAAUGGCUGCGGGUACUUGCUUGGCUCUUUUAGCUCAAUGUGUUGAAGAUGCCGUCGUAGCGCCAGUGAUUCCUUUCGUAGAAAAUCAUAUUCGUAAUAAUGAUUGGAGAUUCAGGGAGGCUGCUGUUAUGGCUUUCGGAUCAAUUUUAGAGGGUCCUGAACAUAAGUUACUUGCAAAUUUGGUAAACCAAGCUUUACCGGUUUUGAUUGAUAUGAUGAGAGAUCCAUCUCCUCAAGUUAAAGACACAACAGCGUGGACUCUUGGACGUGUCUCCGAACUUUUAAUAGAAUGUAUCAAACCCGACGUUCACCUUCAUCCUCUUAUUACCGCAUUGGUUUAUGGCUUAAAGGAUUCUCCACGUAUUGUGUCCAAUUGUUGUUGGGCCCUAAUGAGUUUGUCUGAUCAAUUCGGCAGCAAGGAAACGGCCCAGCCGUCAUAUCAUUUGUCAGCUUACUUUGAGGGAAUUAUCACUGCGCUGUUGGAAACCACUGAGAG